UUCGCAUUUACGCUUCUUCCCUUUGUUUUCAUCAUCAUCGUCAGUACUUUUGCAAUUCCCUUACUGAUAUAAUACAUAGAUAUAUAUAUAUAUAUAUAUGCUACCAAAGACCCCUCACAACUCACCAUUGCCUUUAAUUUCCCAUCAUUUUCCUAAACAACCACCACCACCAUUGUUUCUCCUUCAAGCCAUCCCCCUUCUCUCUCUCAUGGCGUAAAACUCCUCUUUGGGUUCUUUUUUAACGUCAACACAAAUACGUUUUCGUUUUUCUUUUUUAUAAGUUUUUGACUGUGAAUUUUUUAUAUAUAUAUAUCGUAUAUGGGAAACUGUCAAGCAGCUGAAGCAGCCACCGUGGUGAUUCAACACCCAGGGAACAAGAUCGAGAGGAUUUAUUGGUCGGUUAGUGCAAAUGAAAUCAUGGGGUCGAAUCCAGGUCAUUACGUUGCCCUUGUGGUGACUUCACCGACGAUGAAGAAUGAAAAUGGUACGCCGGUGAAACAGCUUAAGCUGUUGAAACCUGAUGAUACUCUGUUGAUCGGUCAAGUUUAUAGGCUCGUCAGCUUUGAAGAUGUUUUGAAAGAAUUUGCUGCAAAAAAGUGUGUGAAAUUGGGGAAAUUGUUGAAAGAAAAUGGAGGACUUGGGCUUGGAAUGGAGUUGAAGAAGAAGAGAACGGAUUUGCCAAGAACUAAACUUGGUUCUGAAUCUGGGAAUUGCAGUGGCGUUAAGGUGGAGCAGGAAGUUAAUAGGGUUGGAACCAGUGGUGGUGGUGGUGGUGGUGGUGGCAGUAGGUACAUAGGCAGACAUCAUGGCGGUGGUGGGCAAUGGAGGCCAGCCUUGCAGAGCAUUGCAGAGAUUGGAAUUUGAAAUGCAGUACCAUUUGCAUGCUGUCAUUCUCUUCCCCCACCCAAUAAAAUUGCAAACAACUAUAUAUAUAUAAUCAAGUUAUUAUCUCUUUUUUUCUCCUAGAUGGAUAGAGCUUGUGUUAGAUGUAAAAUCAUUUGGACAUUUAGAAGAUUAUAAUAUGUAAUGAUCAAUUUUCUUUAAUAA